GCCGCCGCUCCCGGCCCGCCCCCGGCCCGCCCCUGGCCGCCGUGAGGGACGAGGGCGGGCUGAGGCGGCCGCCAUGGCGUGGCCGGGGGGCGCCGCCGUUGGCAACUGUAGGCGUUUGGUGAGCAAAUGUCUACACACCACGGGAAGGUUUCAGAAGAAAUCUGGGACUGAGCACAGGUGGUUGCAGCGGCACUUGAGGGACCCCUUUGUCAAGGCAGCGAAGCAGCAGCAUUACCGUUGCCGAAGUGCGUUCAAGUUACUGGAAAUUGAUGACAAGCUUCAUAUUCUUCGUCCGGGGCUUUCUGUUCUUGACUGUGGAGCGGCACCUGGUGCUUGGAGCCAGGUUGCAGUACAGAGGGUCAAUGCCUUAGGUACCGAUCCUGCUGUCCCCACUGGCUUUGUCCUUGGUGUUGACCUCCUGCGGAUUUCUCCUCUGGAAGGAGCAGUGUUCCUGUCAGAGGCUGACAUUGCAGACCCAAGCACGCUGAAGUCGAUUCAGAGCCUGCUUCCUGCAGAGAAAGUAGAUGUUAUCUUAAGCGACAUGGCACCUAAUGCGACAGGCAUUAAAGAACUGGAUCAUCAGAAGCAGAUCAAUCUGUGUUUAGGCCUGCUGAAUCUGUCCCGAAGUAUUUUAAAGCCAAAAGGAACAAUGCUUUGUAAAUUCUGGGAUGGAUACGAGUCACAUCUUCUGCAAAACAGACUGAAGGAGCAGUUCCAAGACGUGAGAACUAUAAAGCCUCAUGCCAGCCGGAAGGACUCUGCUGAAUCUUAUUAUUUGGCAAGACUGUACAAAGGGAAAUGAAGGCUGAGAACAGCAGGUUAUCGUAACAGGUGAUCAAACAUUGAUUGGAAAUCUGAAUUUGGCAUGUGUUUAAAGAAUAAAUCCCCCCAUCCCUGGGAAAAUCUGACGCAAUUCUGAUGAAGUACAUCAUGCUUUUCAAAAAUAAACCGGGAUGGUGUCCUACUGAGUUUAUCCACUAAUUAUACAAGCAGAGACAUCCAUUCUAGCUUCUUACCUGUGGAGAAAAGUGUUGGGUAUGGAGAGGAAUAAUCUGAAAGGCAACCUGUGGGGCUGACAUAAUGGAAAUGAAAAUAAAACAGUGAUUAUAUGAGUUUUUAAUGUAUGCUUGAAAAUCAUUGCAUUAUUAAUGUCAUAUAUGAGACUAACCAUCAAGGUGGUUGUCAGAAUGAGAGGGAACAGUGAGGGGAGUUUAAGCCAAUUUGUUGCCUCUUCAUCUUUCUUAAAAGCUGGUGCAAUUUGUUAGCACAUGUAAAAAUAGGUAACGUUUUUAUGUGUGUUGGGAUCUGCAUUGUCUCAUGUAUGAUCUGUAAGGCAGCCGCUCGGGGUAUGCGACGUGACUUUGGAAUAUUCAGCCUGAUGGCUCUACUGCAUUUUCUAAAGACAGGUUAUAUUUAGAAAUUGCUACUUCAUGGUACUCAUAAAUCCCGUAAAUGACAGGAGGGCAGGGCCAUUGCUACUGAGAAGAUAAUUUCCCCUGUGUUUUCACUAAUGUUUUGUAUUUGAGCAAUGAUGUUUCUCUAGGUGAAAUGGCAACAUGUUCCCUGGAUCCUAGACACGGAGAAUUACUGAUUGAAUUGCUAGAAUUCUGUUUGGAAAAAUAAAUUUAGCCACUGCCGUAUCUGGAAGUGACAACUUUUACAUUAAAUAGUGCUUUUAUCAGA